AUGUGCACUAGCUCGGCUGCGGCGUCACUGGUUGACGGCAGUGGUGGUACUCCGGCGUCGUGGCUCUCACAGGACAGUGUGCAUGCACCGUCGCGAGCGCUGGACUCAACCGCACUCUACGAAGCCCGGCAGCAGUUUGGAAUGAACGAAGUGCGGAUGACCGUGGCACCGCUCCACCCCCUCGUUCUGCGUGCCUUGCUAUCCCCCAGCACGGUCCUCGUGGUGGGCGGGGCGCUCAUCUACGACGUUGUUGGCGGCAGCUACCGCAUGUGGCAUACUGUGGUGUGGUUCGUGGUGAUGCAAGUUGCGGUGCUGAUGACGACGGCACUGGUGGACCACGCAAGAGUGCGGCGCCUCCAGCACUGCCUAGUGCUGGACCGUGCGGUUGCCUACCGCGAGGAGAGGUGGGCAAUGGUGGGGUCAGCACAGUUGGUCCCUGGUGACCUUGUCCAGCUCGCCGCAGGGUCAGUGGUGCUUGCUGACUGCUCUCUCUACAGCGGGUCCGUGCUGAUCGAUAUGUCGGACGUGUCGGGGCGCACCCGCGCUAAGGUUGUCACCGCAGGCCAGCUGCUGAUCGCCGGCGCCAAGGUGGUAGACGGGGCUGGAGAUGCCGUGGUGCGCUACACAGGACUGGAAUCGUGUGUGGGUCAGACUAUUGAGCUUAUCGUGGGCCUACCGCACGGCUUUGUGCAACGGCAGUGGGUCAGUCGAAGCUACGCUGGCACGUACUUCCUCAUAGCUGCCGUAGCGGUGGCAGCGGAGGUGGUGCUGUUCGGGACUCUGCGUGGGUGGGACGGCUUCUCCGCGCGAAGGAUGGCGCGAGAGACGACGUUGUUUGCACUGCUGUGCGCCCCGCUUAGCUUUGAUCUCACCGUGUACGUGGCCACGUCGCGGGGUGCGUCGGCAGCUAUGCAGCGCGCUCAAGCCGUGGUCUUGCGCCUGGGCACCCUCCUGUCGCUCGCAUCGGUGGACAAGACGGGCACCCUGUCCUCUGGUCACUGCACCCUCGCGGCGCAUCAUCGCGUCUACUUGGCGGGAUACCCAUCUCGUGCAGCCGUGAUUCAGCUGAUGGCGCUGGCGUGCCAGUGGCGAAGGCCAAGUCUGCACGCGACGAAGCGAGCUGUGCUGCGCAGCGCAGACCUUGACGCCUGCGACGAAUACACGCAGUUGAGCUACGUAGAGCACGAAGGUGAGCAUCGCAGCUCCGCCGUGCUGCGCCGGCGGGAUGGGACGCUUCUUCGAGUCACCGAAGGGCGUCUUCGCUCCGUCUUGGCGCUCGUCCAGCAUAGAGAGUCUGCCACUGCAUGCGUCGAGGCGCAGCGCCUGGUGUUCGCCUGGAGUCAGAGCGGUCUGCGGUGUGUAGCGGUGGCGGUGGCCGAGGGCGAUGAGCCUUGGCGGUUCGCGGUCCUUCUCACCUUUGCUGACCCACUACGUGGCGACGCGGCUGCGCUGGUCUCGGGCUGUAGCCGACUUGGUGUCGACGUGACUCUGAUCUCGGGCGAUGAGCACCGGGCGGUCGCCGCCGCUGCAGAGGCAGUGCGGCUCCAUUCUGAGGUAAUGAGCGGGCGAGACGUACCGCCUCCUGAACGUGUGAGAAGCACUGCCCCCGCUCGUCAGCGACUGGGGUGGACGUGACGGUCGACAUGAGCGCCGCUGCAUAAUCUGCGAGCGAGUACGCCAGCCGUUGUGUGUACGCUGAGAUGCAGCCUGACCAGAAGGCAGCACUUGUGCGGACGUGGCAGCAGUGGGGCCGCGUUGUGGGUGUGGUGGGCGACGGGGUGAACGACGCCGCAGCGGCGCGUCUUGCAGAUGUCGGCAUCGCGCUUCUCUCGGGUGAGGAAGGGCGAUGCCGCAGCACGGGGAGCGCUGUGGGGUGCAGAUAUCGCUCUCACCUCCGAUAGUCUCGGCGCCGCAGUGGAGCUGCUUAUCGUCAGCCGCGAACUCUUCGGCACUUUUUACUCCAUCUUCUUCUGGAUAACAGCAUCGGCACUGCAGCUGGUGGUGCUCGCUGCCGCCUUGGCGGUGGCGGUUCCGCGGCGCUGUUCAUGCAAACACUCGAAAGAGAACCGGCUAGGACUGCCGCCGAGUUGUCUUCACGUACUGACACUCGUCUGCGUCAACGGACUGACGCUGCUGUGGAUAUCCACGCAAGUUGGCGAUGACGCCUACUGGACCGCGGCACCGUGUCGUUGCCGCUACACCGUGGCGCUCCUGCAGGUAUCCACAAUGGCUUUUGUCGGUCUAGUCGGCGGCCUCGCCUGUGGCGGACAUGGGUGGUGGCCACUAGGCUCACGCAGCACUCCGCCGGUCAUGACCCAGGAGCGUCUUGGCGGCAUUCUCACGCUCUAUGUCCUAUACGCGAACCUUUUCUUGACAAUGAACUGCGCCUCACCGGUGCGGACGGGGUGGCGCUUCUGGCGACAGUCACGUCUGCACGUCGUCCUUGCUCUCGCUGCGGCGUAUGGUCUAUAUAUGUGCUGGUCGAUCGAUGCGCAUCCGAGCGUCGCCGCUUGCUUGUGCGGCUACUGUGGUGUCGUCGCCGUUCUGCAGGACAUGGCAAAGCUCAUGGUGCAUGGCAUCUUCGACUGCCUCAAGCGGUGCGGCAACGCCAAUGUAGAUGAGGUUGCCGCGGCGUCGCUGCCGCGCGCGACAACAAACAUGCCAUCUUGCGACCCCGCGUGUCGCCGUAGUUCCGUGUCGUUCCCUCUGGAUGCAGUGGUGGGCUGCAUUGCCAGUCUCGAUGCGGCGCUGCUCUGUCGAGCCCGGCCUGCCCCAAUUGCCUCAACGGUGUGA